AUGGGCUCUUCAGCUGCUAUCAAUUUGCCAACGGGCUUCACCCUACAUCGAAUUACUACUGCUGAGGAACUUGAACGGUGGACUCCUUCUCUCACCCAGCUACUUCAAUCCUGCGUCAACGAUAACCCUUCUGCAUCAUCAAUCGGCUUCCACGCACCUCUCUCCGCCACCAAAGCCACAGAAUUCUGGUCCUCACUAUUACCCCAACUCUUCAGCCUUAAACCCAGAACUACCCUUUUUAUCCUAGCCUGCGACACAACCGCAGUCGGAACGAUUUCGCUCGUGACUCAUCCCAAGGAAACUCAUGCUCACAAAGUCGAGGUUGGCAAGCUACUGGUUUCUGUAGAAGAAAGAGGCCACGGGCUUGGAAGGAAGCUGAUGAACAUGGUGGAGAGGUUUGCAAAGGAGGAAUUGGGUAAGACUAUGGUGAUGUUGGAUACUGCAUCGGAUACUCCGGCAAGGGGGUUUUACCUGAAACUAGGAUAUACGGAAUGGGGCGUUUGUCCACGGUAUGCUGAGAGUGCGGAUGGGCAUUUGCAUGACUGUUCAUUCUUCUACAAGUUUCUCGAUAACUAG